UUCGCAUGGCGGGCGAAGCGAAAGUGUUUGUGCGUGGUGUGAAGCGAAAGUGAUCCACCCCACACAAUUUCUGGUGUUGGCAGUGACUGGGAUGUGCCUUAUGUGCGGUUUGGAAGCAAUUGUGGUAUAGCUGUAGGGUAAAAGGAUUCAUCCAGGCGGAUCGCCGUCGGAUAGUGACAGUGUGACGAAGUUCGGUAUUGGCAGUAGGAGAACCUAGCCCCUGUUUUAUGUGGAGAUCUGUAAGUAGUGAUAAGUACAUCUGUGCGGUAAAGAGAACCACCGAAGCGGAUCACCGUCAGAUAGUGAAAGUGUGAUCAUCCGGUACCGUGUGUAUAGGCAAAUCGAGGCAAUGGGAAAGCAGACUGCAGAGAUGGACAUGGUACAAUGUGAGAAAUGCAACCGGUGGGCCUACAUGGGAGAAACCCCUUUUCAAAAUAUGUCCGAGGCGGAGGGAGCCACAUACAAGUGCAAGCUCUGUGACCAGAUCGAGGUGGUCGCCGAGGAAAUGAAACGCCUCCUGCAGGACGAACAAAAUCAGAGAAAGCGUCUAGAAGAGGACAUGAGAAUGAUCAAGGAGCACCUGCGGGAGACUGAGAAGAGGUGGACCCUCCUGUUGGAGGAGGAACAGGGGAAGCGAAAACAACUUCAAGAAGAAGUGAACGAGCUCCAGACAAAGAUAUGCAUGUGUGGGAGAUCAAGCUCUGAGAGGGAAGGAGGAGACAUCCAGCCUGUGGAGAAGACGGAAUCAGGCCGAGUAGAGCCAAAAAUAGGGGAAGGAAACUUAGCACAAAAGAGCCAGGACGCACUAGACAUUCAUCAGGCAACACCUACAUGCACAAAGGGGGACCAGACAACAAGUUGCCCAACCGAAGCGGAACUAGGAGAGUACCUGGGCACGGGGGUACGGGAAGAAAGAUGGUCAGAGGUGGUAUAUCGAAGCACAAGGAGAAGAGAGUCACGACAAAAGGACCCUGAAAUAGAUACCCCAAAGACCUCGGAGGCGGCAGGAUCAUCGAAAAGUCCAGCUCAGGAACAGGCCGUCAAUGCCACACAGGAACGCCGCAUCAUCAUAGCUGGAGAUUCCAACAUACAGCGAACAAAGACUCCCAUUCUCACUCGGCUAGGAUAUGACAGGAGGGUAGAGGUUGUGGGUGUUCCAGGGGCUAGUACAGCUGGUCUGCUCAAAGAGGUGGAGAAAAGAUUGGAACAGGGAACAGAGAAGACACUGGUCAUUGUUCAUGUGGGUCUAGUGGAUGUCUUAAAUGACAAAACACACCAUGGCGUCGUAGAAGCCAUGAAGGCAACUUUUGGACAAUGGCUAGCAAGAUACCCAAACGUAAUAUGUGAAGUAUGUGCAGUGCCCAGGGUGACAGAUGGAGACGAUGCAGAUAUAGUUUUUCCAACUAUACAAAAGUUAAACCAGGAUAUAAUGAUGAUGUGCUCAGAUCUUGGAAAUAGAGUAAGCUUCUUGGACCUUGGCUGGCUCACGAGAAAAUGUCAGGGUGGGGGCUUCUGGGGCAUUCACCUCACCAGAGAAGGUGGAGACGUGCUGGGCAACUGGUUGGCUCGUAAGGUAGAAAUUUUUUUAGGCAUGGGACAAGGUCAAUAUGUGAGGAAUCCGAGGAGGCCGUCCCAGCCAGGAACCUACAGGCAAGUGUUCCAAAUGAUUGGUCAGGCCCUGAUGGAAUUACAGAGGAACGAACGAGGUUGGAGACGCGGGAGAUGGUAAUAGAGCAAACAUC